AAACAAGCUAAAACAUUUCAAUGGGCCAUUGACCUAGCUAGUGACUUAAAAAAAACAACAUUAAGUAUUUUUAUUUUAUAUUAUACACACAACAUAGGAAAGCCUCUGGUGACAAAAUAGGGUCAAUAGAAUUAGAAUGAUGACCAGGAAUUGUAUAGGAUUCUAAUGGUAACCAUAGAGUUCCAAACUCAUUUCUAUGGCAACACAGCUGUCAAUUUUGUAAACAAUCAUUUUUAAAUAUAUGUGUUGCCAUGAGACAUCUAACCGUUAGAACAUAUCGGCGUUCUAUUGAACGUUUUCUGUGCGAAAACAAGAACAACUUCAAUUUGCUGUUCAACAACAACAAACUUGACUGAUUUUUGAGACCUGAGAUUGAAACAUCGACUGGAAAAUGCCUGGGUGCUUUUCAAGAUUGACGGAGAGAGUGCGAGGACGUCGGCAACCUACUGCGUCGACAGGUUGUUUAAAUUCAUUUGUGGGUUGUUUUUGUUGUGUUUUUCCGUUUUGCAGGGUUCGCGAUCGUCGGGAGGUGGACAGCGACAGCGACUUGGAAGAGGAAUCAACUGUACUGGAUGAGGUCCAGUUGGACGUGCCACUGCUGCCAGUUAUCCUUCAUGUCCAGGAUGCUGCCAUCAUCAUUGAGGAUAUGCCGACUAUCCUUGAGGAGGCCACUGGUAAUUGGCAGCUGAUACCGAUUAGGUUCAGCCCUCUGUACUGUGGGCCUGUUGUGAUCAGGAACAAUGCCGGUCCGGUGGCUAAAGCUUGGAGAACUUUCCAGUUCAUCAGCCCCCUUAACACCUACAUGCGUGGGGGAUCCCAGCAGGUGGUGGUGAGGAUGCACCAUGUGAGUAGGGUUCGAGGCCUGGAGACUCAACUGGUGUGGGCCAUCUCCAAGGAGACAGCCAGGCUUUGUCCAGAGGGCAUCCCCUACUGUGCCACCAAGGUGCAGUCCGUCACUUGGAUCCAGUAUGUGGCUGGCAGGGUGACCCAGUAUGCGUCUCACCUCCGCCACGAGACGUCUGUGGACGUGACGCUUGGCUGCUACCAGCAGACGGAUGUCUCGGUUGUGUACGCCACUCUCCACAUGGGGCUGGACGGGCUGCUCUCCUCCUCGGCGUGGUCGGAGGCUGCCUCCGUCUCUACGCCCACCAAUCAGCAGUUCACUGAGCCAGAGCCUGAGGGCCACAACUGCUAUGAGGGCUGGGAGGAGGACCUGCUGCCUGAGGAGAGGGAGGUUCCUCUGCUAAACCUCUACCUUACCACCAAGAGAGUGGAGGACAUCGCCCUGAGGCUCGUCUCCCUGCGCCAGGCCUUCACUACACUGCUUGGUUCCACCUUGAGCAGGAACUAUCUGUUUGUGGCGGGAAAGGUCCUAAUGGGCGCACUGGUUCAGGCCCACCACAUGGACGAGGCCGAAUUCACCCGUGCCUAUAACGACUUUGUGGACUACCUGAGUGACCCCUCCAAGAAGAUUGACAUUGAGAGGGAGCUGGCUGAGGCAAAAAUCCAUCAUGUUAACCUGAUAGAUGUCCUCUUUGAACUGGUGAUGUUUGGGAUGAUGACAGCUCAGAAGUCCCUGAUGGUGCACCCUGGUGGGUUCAUGGAGCGUCUGUACGCUCUGCUGUACUCCUUCCUGCCCGCUGCUGCCAGCAUUGAGCCAAAGGCUGAGAGAUACCUGCUGCUGCUCAAUGUAAGAGUCAAGAGUUUACUUCCUUAUUCCUAGUUUACUUUUUCCUGAUUAACAGGGUUUCAAUGACGUUUUACAGCGAGUAACUCUCAUUGUCUCUUUCCUCUUGGUAAGCUAGUAACUCAGAGCCAUUAUCUAUGUGUUGUGUGGUGUUCUCUUCAGGGCGGGCUGAUGGCUCUGCUAGAUGACAUGUUUGGGCAGCAGCUGGCCUGGUACUUUAACCCAGUGUCUCUGGUCACUGAGCUCUCCAGCCUCCUGGAGUACCACCUGGAGAACCUCAUGGCCAGCAUGUAGUCCUACUGCAGAGAUCUGAAAGGCCACUCUCUCUAUCUCUCUCUCUCCAUCCACCUCUCUCUCUGUCCAUCUCUUGCUCUCUCUCUCUGUUUAUCUCUCUUUCCCUCUCUUGCUCUCAGGAUUUGAGGACUUGAAGUGCUUCGUUGAACCUUGAUUAGUUAACACCCAUUAAAUUAAUGUAUUCUCUUGUUUUCUCUCCCCACAGGAUUCUUGUGACGCUUUGCCACCUAACAGGGAUCUAGACACUAAUGCACUACAUUACUUUGCACUGAAUUUUACAUUUUUAAAUAAAAUAACUAGUAGUUCAAAA